AUGGCGUGCGCAGAGGCCUCGUUGGCUGCGCAAAACUUCAAUAUGCCCGCGCUUUCUCCGACCAUGACCGAGGGCAAUAUCGCAUCGUGGAAGAUUAAAGAAGGUGAUUCAUUCUCUGCCGGUGAUGUCCUCCUCGAGAUUGAGACCGAUAAAGCGCAAAUGGACGUGGAAGCUCAGGAUGACGGUAUCUUGGCCAAGAUCAUCGUCGGAGAUGGGUCCAAAGCAGUUCAAGUCGGCUCCCGGAUAGCAGUCACAGCAGAGCCAGGUGACGACUUAAGCUCCCUCGAGAUCCCGGCAGAGAACAAACUUGCUUCCAAAGAAGCAGCAAGUGCCAAGGAACAACCCAAGGAGCAGUCAAAGCAGGAGACCAAGUCAGUGCCAAAGGAGGAGCGUACUUCCUCACCACCUGCGAAAUUGGAUGGUUCAAAGAAGGCGUCCAGUGGUAAAGCUACAAGGCAAACUUACCCGCUCUACCCAUCGGUACAGCAUCUGCUCGAAGUGCACGGCCUCCCCAAGGAGGAAGCAGACAAGAUACCAGCUACCGGACCUAACGGCAGACUAUUAAAGGGAGACGUUUUGGCAUACGUUGGUCAAAUCUCGAACUCUUACCCCUCUGAACUUGCAGAUCGAUUCAAGGUUCUUUCGCAUCUCGAUCUGUCAAACAUCAAGGUCGCAGCGAAGAAGGAGGCCCCCAAGAAAGCGCCGGCGGCGACUGCACCAGCAGCAGCUGAGGAGGUGGACAUCCAGGUGGCUAUGCCAUUAUCGCUCACAGCUGUGCUUGAGUGCCAGAAGCGAGUCAAGGAUUCAAUAGGCGUCUUCCUACCCCUCUCCACCUUUAUUGCUCGCGCAGCAGAACUAGCAAAUGAGGACUUGCCAAAGUCUAAAACCGCAAAGCCUUCAGCAGACGAGCUGUUUAACGCUGUUCUCGGCCUAGACAAGGUUUCUGGCCAGAAGUACUCGCGGGGCAACUUCAUUCCACAGGUGACUGCUCUGCCUCCCAAGACAUUGCAGAGUAGUCGUUCUUCAGAAACCAAGAAGCCCGACCUCCUCGACAUUUUGGCGGGAAAGUCCUCAGGGCGCAAGGCAAAGGCUUCUGCUGGUUCAGAGAAGGUUGCAGGGCCCAUGAACGUCGUCAGUAUCAGCGUGCCAAAGGGCGAGGAGAAGCGGGGACAGGUUUUCCUCGAGCGCAUGAAGACUGUGCUCGAGGGCGAACCUGGCAGGCUUGUGGUUUGA